AGUAACAGAAUCAUUGCGCAACCGGUUGCCGCCCCCGAGAGAUGGGCCACAUGGUUGAUUCCUGCGAUGCCACCGGAAGCUGCAACCCUGAGUUCGCCGAGAAACUGACUAACGACGAAUUGCCCCAACACAGCGACUUCAAUGAUCUUUCGCCAAUCAAAUAGAUCCCGCCACGACAGCCUCGAAAAAAUCGAGAUCGAGAAGAGCCCAAACACGGCACCGGAGGCUCCCAAGCUCACGGUGUACGGGGGAAGCACCGCCAGAGAAACGAGGUUGGACACCACGCCGCAAAAAAUAAACGAAAACAACAAUCCGAACGAACCGAGCUCGUCCUCGACCGACCUCCCGAACAAGAGCAUCAAAAACGCGUUCCCGCUCAGGUGCGUCCUGUCACCGUGACAAAAGAUAGAGGUGAUAGGUUGCCACCAUUUCCAGUUCCGGUGGUAGAGAUACAUUGACCGGAAGAUGGGCAGACGGAGUAUGUUAUCCCCGACAAACGAAAGAAUACUGAUCAGAAUCAGAGCGUAGGCGGCGGUAGUUUUGGCUCCUGCAUGUGAUGUAUCGAUGGGGGAAGAAGUAGAAUAAAGCUUCGCUAGUUGA